AUAGAGAGGGAAGAGCAUGAGCAAAGAGAGAGAGAGCUCUUAAACUGUAGGAGUGGUUUCCCCUCUUCUCUUUAAAGAUCUAGAUCUGAAUAAACCUUCACUAGAGAGGCGUACUGUGAUACACACACCUGGGAAUAUGCCAUUCAGUGUUGUGCUUGAUGGACCCGCACCAUGGGGGUUUCGUCUUAUCGGAGGAAGGGACUUCAACCAACCCCUCAAUGUAGCCAAGAUAUCUCCAGGAAGUCAAGCCUCCACAGUGAACCUAUCUCCUGGUGACAUAAUCUUGGCAAUAAAUGGAGUUUCUGCAGAAAACAUGAUGCACUGUGAGGCUCAGAAUCUUAUCAAGGCCGCAACCUAUCAGCUCGCACUUACUGUUGAAAGACCAGAAACCAAACUGUGGUCCCCCAAAGUCACAGAAGAUGGACAAAUCAAUCCAUUUAAAAUCAACUUAGAGGCAGAUAGACAAGAGUCCAGACCAAUAGGAACGGGUCAUAAUCGUAGGGCGGCUCCCUUUGUCGCCGCAGCCAACAUUGACGACUCACGGCAGGUUGUGAGCCCAACGUACAACUCCCCUAUUUGCCUUUACUCUUCCGGCAAUAUCCAGGACACCUUACAAGGACAACUCAAGGGCCUCAUCCACAGCAAACCAGAGAGUCCCAGGACGCUUGGCUGUAUAGAGGAGUCUGAUGUAUAUCGGAUGCUGCAGAGAAAUCAAGAUGAGGAAGAGCCACAUGAACCCCGGCAGUCUGGUUCUUUUAAAGCCUUACAGAGCUAUAUCAACAGCGAAGGUACACGCCCAUUAGUGACGCGAAAAGUCCGCGCCCCCACAACCAAACCUGCUCCUGCAGGGAACUUACACAAGCUACCAAUGUGUGAUAAGUGUGGUAACGGAAUAGUUGGGAUGGUUGUCAAGGUUCAGGACAAGUAUCGCCACCCUGACUGUUUCGUGUGCAAAGAAUGCGAGGAAAACCUCAAGCAAAAAGGAUACUACUUCAUAGAUGAUGAGCUGUACUGUGAAACUCACGCCCAUGCCCGGGCAAAGCCUCCUGAGAGUCCUGACCUUUGACCUCUUAAGUGAGGGCUAUGGGUCAGCCACUUUUGAUUGCAUGAACGUCUUGUUUUAAAUACAAAAAGGUCUCACCACAAUUUAUAUCAAACAGAUACUAAAAUACACAGGUGUGUGGUUAGCGCAUUAGCUGAUUAUGGUUGUCAUGUGUGUUGGGAUGCAGUGUUUUGCACUUUGUAGUAGCAAGGGUGUGUUGACUGAACAAACUUUUUAUCAAUAAAGAUUUUAAUCUUGGUUA